UAGCUGUCAUAGAGGCGGGCUUGUCCGCAUGGUCCGUGUAUCCUGUCUUCUCUUUGUGCCGGUUCGGACGCAGCGCUGUGACUGUCGACGGUCCAAAUGCCGUCAAGCGAAAGUAUAUUGCCGUCAUCUCCGGAGAAAUCGUUCCCGUCAACGGUGAGCAAUGACAUCCACAGGGCCGGCGGUGCUGAGAUACGCUCUACUGGCCCACCGUCAGCCCGUGGCUUUCUGACUCUGCUUCUGUGCGCCAUCGCUGGCUUCUGCGCGGUUGAUUUUUCAUGCAGCAUCUCGACGAGAUGUCCGCAGAUCGAGUUCUGGUUUCGCUCUGUCGUGCAGCCCAGCUACUUCCGCACUCCAGAGACGUCGGAAAUUAUUUUACAACCAUUGACAUGGCAGCAGCGCAAUGCAUCGACGGCAUUCGUAGAUUUGAAGCACACUCUCGCAGGAAGCUCGCACCAUGGGAUGACUGCAAUUUCCAAGCGGAGUUCGACUAACACUAGCACUACCAAUGACACUCAGGAUGGUGGACAAGCCACCUCGGAUGAUGCCACUGUGGGGAAUGGUGUGGCGGCGGCUGGUACUCCCACUGGAGAUGCCAGUGAAUGGACAAGAGUGGCUGUAAUCGUGCCAUAUCGCAACAGAAGCAGACAGCUGCAGAAGUUCGCCUCGUCUUUGAGAGAAUUUCUACGAGGGCAGCGCAUCGUCUUUGAAGUGUUUAUCGUGGAGCAGUCGUUCACAAGCCGCUUCAACCGUGGCGCGCUGUUCAACAUCGGAUUCGUGGAGAUGAAUCGCGGACGUCCAGCGGACAAGCAGUUCCAAUGCAUCGUGCUGCAUGACGUGGACUUGAUACCCGUGGCGAAGCGGAACACGUACGACUGCAUGCAGACGCCCAAUGUGUGGGCAUGGCAACUGAGUAGCGCUAUAGAUGUGUACGACUGGGGACUACCGUUUGAGACGACCGCAGGCGGUGUAAACAUGUUCAUAAGCGAGCGAUACGCACAGGUGAACGGUUUCAGCAACAGAUACUUCGGGUGGGGAGCAGAAGAUGAUGACCUUCAGAAACGCAUAAAAGUGCUUGGUGGUUAUCGACGUCCCGACAAGAGCAUCGGACGAUACAUUGCUCAGAAGUCAGGACACACUGUCGGGCGCAAGAAUCCAUUGCGUUUUCAGCUGCUACAGAUUUCGGAUAGGCUUGCGGCGCGACAUGAGGGGCUCCCCACAGUGAAAUACCGUCUGUUGCAGCGACAAACCGUUGAGCAGUUCACCCUGCUUCGCAUAGACAUUUGGCCACAUGAGGACGGGGACGUACACAAGUUCAGUGAUGCCGGCCUGAGCGAGAUACAACUACGAAUGAAGUACCACUUCGUUCCACCGCCUGAAAUCAAGUAUGAAAAUUAGUACUUUGAAAUAGCCACUAAUGUGUAUCCACACACAGACGCGGACGUAACCGUGCAUACACAAACACACAAAAUCGAGCACCCACACACACACACACUAGCCUUGACUAGGCUCCGGCGGAUUAUGCUCGCGAAAUCAUGGAAUUAUGCUUUCAUGGAUUCUCGCAUUAUGCUCGCAAAAUCCUCAUAUUAUGCUUUGGCACGCGGGGAUACACAUUCACUUUGGUGUACUUAUGGAGCCUCAAAGUUUGGAAAAUUGUGCGUUUUUCGUACAUGUAAUUGCAAGUGGCCAUAAGUACAACAAAAUACAUGAGUAUCCCCAUACCAAGGUGUCCAUGCAUGCUAGAGAUCAACAAAGAAAAGAGAAAACAUUGCAUCUUCUAUUUACUACAAGUACAACUUCUUUUGUAAAAAGAUUUUUCAUUGCUAAAUUUUGUUUGGGUUACCUUUAAAAUUAUCAUGUUCAACUGACUGUCUUCGUAAUCGUCAUACUCGUCCAACCGAUGUCAACCUAACCCUGCGAAUAAUCAGCUCAUCUCUCUCGUAGCUCCACCUCUCCUUCCAUCAUGAUCGAACAUCAACAAUACCUCACUUGAUAUUUUCUAAUUAUUAGAGCAAUAUCCAUAGCCUGCACAGCCACAGCUGCUAAAAUCCCGAGCCGGUCACGACUUCGUAUCAUGAAUAAUGUACUUCAAAG